AAACCAUACGAUGGGACACCUCCAGAGACUGCCAGUACUCAUCAGGGACGAAGCUGGUCUGAACCAGGAGGCAGUUGAUGAGUCUGAAGGCCACAGAAAACACAACAACUCUGCGUCUCAGCUCACCUGUGGAGACACUUCGAAUAAACCGCUUCCUUGGAUCAUCUUGUGUCUGAACAUUGGGAUUUCAUAUUAAAAGAAGUCAUGUUUCGAGGAAGAUUACCCUUCUCACAGAUCGUCUUCGCCACACUGCUUGGAGUCGCUGGUGGUGUUUAUGUCUUCAAACCUGUUUUUGAGCCUCUGGCGGUGCGGAAGACCUCAGAACAACAAAACCAAAAUGUGCCUGAGAAACAGAAAGAAACUGACUGACAUAAUUCAUCACUCCCAGGAAAUACUUUAGAACAACAUGAGAGACUGCUGGACCGUCAGAGCUGGAGGCUGAACCAAAGGCAAGACCAGCAUGGAUACAGUCCUGCUUCUUUGGGGUUCUUUGAGUGAUUGUUAUUGUACAAAAUAAACGGUUAAUAAUCUGACCU